AUGGCGGGUCCAAUCUGGUCCGGUUCGGUGCGCAGCACGAACGGACAGUGUGGACCCUCAAUCCCCUCCACGCACCUUACCAAGGACCUGCAAAUGUGCGUUCGACCGACCAUGGACAAGAGCGUGCCAGACACGGACAAAUGCCCCGUCUGCAAGAACCAGCUCACGAACCCGGUGGCCCUGCCCUGUGGCUGCACCUUGUGCACCCAGUGUCUGCAGCACCCCGAAAGUGCAGGAAAGACGGUGGUGUGUCCCCAGUGCUCCCUGCCCUUUGAACAAGAUGAGAUCAGGUUCAGCGCUGAGAGGGCCUUUCUGGUCCUGAAGAUCAGAGAGCUGGAGACUGCUCUGAGCAGCAUCAUGAAGAACCCCAACAUGAAGAAGCUGGCAGUGCCCCUCACCCUGGACGAGGACACGGCCCACAACCUGCUGUCAGUCUCAGAGGACCGGAAGAUCGUCCGCUACAGCUUGAUGACGCAGAACCGGAACCCACAUGCCGGGCGCUUCGUGGAGGCCCUGUGCGUGCUGGGCACCCCGGCCUUCACCUCGGGCCGCCACUACUGGGAGGUGGAAGUGGGCAUCGAGGGCGACUGGGACCUGGGCGUGUGCCAGGACUCAGUGGAGCGUCAUCAGACGGUCCGUCUGGCCCCACACCUGGGCUUCUGGGGCAUCGGCCUGCGAAAGGGGCGCUAUUUGGCCCACACGGAGCCCCCCAAGGAGCUGCGCGUGAAGCCGGGUCUACGGCGCCUGGGCAUCUACCUGGAUGUGCCCUUCCAGAGCGUGUCCUUCCUGGAUGCCACCGACGAGGACCACAUCUUCACCUUCACCAAGAUCUCCACGAUCGAGAAGCUCCGUGCCUUCUUCCUCUUGCCCGGCGAGGGUCCCCAGAGCAGCCUGAGGAUCUGCCCCGUGGGCAGAUCUGAGCCUGCCCCGGAGACCAUGACCGAAACCGGGUGUGCAUGUGGCCAUGGAAAUGGGGGUGAGCAGCAGCGGCCACCACCCUCUGUUCCUGCCUCCCCUGCUUCCAAAUAA